AUGCGCAAGAUAAACCAGCUUCUUCGCAAAAAUAAGCGGGAGCUCGAACGCUCGCUCAAUCAGCUCCAACCGCUCAAGAAGAAAACAGAAGGGUUGGUCAAAAAAGCAGCGAAAAGCGGCGACUACAAGAGCGCCAAGAUCUAUGCCCGCGAGCUCGUCAACAUCAAUAAGCAGCAGAAAAAACUCCACCUUUCGAAAACUCGCCUUGAGUCUAUAACCAUGUCGGUGAAUGAACAAUGGCAGAUGAAGAAAUUGACCCAGUCCAUUCUGGUGUCCACAGGCGUAAUGAAGGAUGUGAAUCUGUUGACCAACUUGGGCAUGAUGACUGGAACGUUCCAGGAGUUGUCGAAGGAAUUAAUGAAGGCUGGUAUAAUCAACGAGAUGAUGGAUGAUAUGGUGGAUCUCGACCCAAUUGACGACGACUUGGAGACUGAGUCGCAGGAGGAAGUGAACAAAAUCAUCGAAACUCUUACGCAAGAGAAAUUCGACAAGAUCGACCAUGAAGUUCCUGUCAUUAGUGAGCCCGAGGAGAAAAUCACUUCGCCAAUUGAAGAGGACGACACUGCUAUGCUUGACGAUAUGAGACACAGACUUAAAGCCCUUCAGGAGUAA